AUGUCUCUUGCGGCAGAGGCUUUCGUGUCGCAGAUGGCAGCUGCUGAGCCUUGGCCUGAAUCUGCCACCUUGUACCAACCACUGAAGGAGGAUCAGAUUCUGCUGUCAGACUGCGCCUCAUCUCUUGCUGUUCAGGCCUACCUCAGGAUGUGCGGUCUGCCAGUGCAGGUGGUUUGCAGAGCGAAUGCCGAGUACAUGUCCCCCUCUGGUAAGAUUCCCUUCAUCCACGUAGGGAACCAGGUGGUGUCAGAACUGGGGCCAAUAGUGCAGUUCACUAAAGCGAAGGGUAAUUCUCUGAGCGAUGGAUUAGAUGAUGUUCAGAGAGCUGAAAUGAAAGCGUACAUGGAGCUCGUCAACAACAUGCUGCUUACUGCUGAGUUGUACAUCCAGUGGUGUGAUGACGCUACAGCUGCUGAGAUCUCCCGUCCCAGGUACAGCAGUCCGUACUCGUGGCCUCUCAGUAACAUCCUGGCCUAUCACAAGCAGUGGGAGAUUCGCAGGAAGAUGAACGCCAUCGGCUGGGGGGGGAAAACCCUGGAGCAGGUGUACGAGGAUGUGACUCAGUGCUGCCAGGCUCUCUCCCAGAGGCUGGGGACACAACCGUACUUCUUUAAUAAACAGCCUACAGAACUGGAUGCGUUGGUGUUCGGUCACCUCUUCACCAUCCUGACCACCAGACUGACCAGCAUGGAGCUCGCCGAGCGGAUCAAGAGCUACAGCAACCUGCUGUCCUUCUGCAGGCGCAUCGAACAGACCUACUUUGAGGACAAGAGCUCUUGAAGGAAGGAAUCCUGCGUGUAUAAUCUCAUCUUGUACAUUCAUCCCUUCCUUCUCUCAUUCCCUCACUGUAGCACCGAGAAGCUAAAAACUGCUUAUAUUCACACGCGUGUCCCUUUUGUGCUUCUUGUUUUCAUUCUCCCUUUCUGCGUCGUACACUGUUGUUGCUGAUGGGGACGAGGGUUAAUAUGUGUCCACUGCACAUGUAUAGAUACACCUUGAAGUUACAGCAAAUAUCCGACACGUGUACCAUCUGAAGAGAUGCUUCCCCGUUAAACACAGAAUAAAUAAUGACGUUUAUGAGAACACACUUUCUGCUCUUCAUAACUCUUUUCUAGCAUUAUUAGAAUGAAAUAAGAAAAUAAGUUAGCUGCAGAUGAUGUGACAGGGUGGAUGCUUCCCAGCUAAGACUUGGACUUAAUUUAUGUUCUUAAUGUUUGUCAUUGUUUUCACACCGUUACACAGGAACGCUGAUUUUUAUUUUUUCCUUCCAGUAACUUAAGAAGCUUGUAAGAAAUAUGAGACGGUGUUGCUUUUCUUCUGUACAUAAAGGACAUAAUGAUGAAGAGGAUUUGACUUAAUCCUUGUUUUUUUCCACCAUUGUUUUCUUUGUGUGAAUUGAAAGUGCCUACAAAAUAAAAGUCAUUAAAUUAAACAUCA